AAAAAUUACCUCAAGAUUGUCGAACUCUUUUGGCAGGGCAUAAAUUAACAAUAGGAAAUAUCCGAAAGGUUAUUCCAGGUCGCUAUUACCAUUUUGGGUUGAAAAAUGGUAUCAAAACAUUUACAUCAACUAAAUUGACUGAAAUAAAUCUUGCUAUAGGAGUUGAUGGGUUGCCUUUAACCAAAAGCAGUAACAGCCAAUUUUGGCCUUUAUUGGCCUAUAUUAUAGGUGCAGAAAAAACUGUGUUUCCGGUUGGAAUCUACCAUGGGUAUACAAAACCAAAAUGUACAAAUGAAUUUUUAUCUGACUUCAUAUUAGAAGCAAAAGAACUAAUAACUGAAGGUAUUGUUUUGAAUGGAAGUAUAAUACAGGUUAGAAUCAAAUUAUUCACUUGUGAUGCACCAGCAAAAUCAUUUAUUUUAAAUAUCAAAGGUCAUUUAGGAUUUUAUUCAUGUAGUAGAUGUAUUCUAGAGGUGAAUAUUAUGAAAGACAAGUUUGUUUUCCAUACUCUAAAAACAAGUCAGUUAAAAAAACACAUAAAGACUAUGUAA